AUGUCUCAAACCGCGUGGUUUUUCAUCCUUCUUCUGUGCUAUGUUUUACAAAGCGUUAUUUCCGGAAAUGAUGAUAAGCCUCCUCAUACAAAUUCAAGAUUAUCAAAGAAUGCAGAGGUCAGUUUCAAUCUACACUGAAACACAACGUAGGAGCCUCCACAGUGCAAGCUCACGCAUAGCGCACAUGCUGUAUGUUACUUGUGUACAUAAACAAUGUGAUACAGUACGAAUGCACAAUUUUCAAAUUGUUAUUGAAUAGCUAACUGUCAGUUCCAAAACAUUAGCAACUGCAGCGAUGGUGCCAUAGCGUGACAUUCUUACAGGUGCGUCAAUUCCUCAGCUAUGAUCGCUUAUAUUUAUUCACCUAUCAAUGUAAUGCCUGCGGGGGGGGGGGGGGGGGAGAGGCAGAGCAUGGGGGGGGGAUUUGACUUUUUUUUACGACUUGACAAUUUUCUAAUGUGUAAGGAAGAGCUAACUGCCAGAUCCAAAACAUUAGCAACCGGAGCGGUGGGGCCAUGGCGGGACAUUCUUACAGGUGCGGCAAUUCCUCCGCUAUGAUCGCUUAAUUUUAUUCCCCUAUCAAUGGAAGGGCGGGGGGGGGGGGGGAGGAGGAGAGGCAGAGCAUGGGGUGGGGAUUUGACUUUUUUCAAAAAUUUGCAAUCAAAUUCCUUGCCCACGGGCAAAUCAUUCCAGUCAAAUCCAAUCAAAUUUCCCAACCCCAGGCUGCACAUUGCUGCAAAUUGCAAGAAACCCAAGAAAGGUACAAUAAAAAUAUCUCCAAAUAAAACUCUGCAAUCUUUUAUAAACGUUGCUGCAUCACCAAAGAUAAAGUCAUGUUCCUGUUACAGCUACAAUUAUAUGUUUUAACCAUAAUCCGUGUUACACUGCGUAGAAUACAUAAACCUUUAGAGAAAGUCCACAUUUUGUAAGUUUAAAUAUACUGUUCUUAGUAAAGGGUGAUUGUAGCGAAUGAGCCAUACACUAAUCAAUUGUACUUGCAAAAAUCGACUUGGUUUCUCUUUACUGGCGUUUACUUUGAUACCACAGUAUUUUAUAAAACAAACGAAAUUUGAAGACAAAAACAGUGAAAUCCACGCAGCCUUCGCUUCUUCUCAUUGGCCUCCAUGACUUCCUGAUCUUCCUGACCGUACGGCGCAUGCGUGAAGCGUGGAAGCGGGAAACAUAUGUGACCUCUCACGCGAUAACGUUCCAAACGCUAGCCGUUCGAACGCUGAAUGGAACAGCAAGCGAACGGGCGACGAGAAGUUAGGCAAGCCGUUCGAAACGGGUACCAUAAAUGGAUGAACAGCUAAUUAAGAUUUUCGAACAGAUGAGGUCGAACGGAUAAACGGCUUCUUGAAUUUUUCGAACGGAUGAGGUCAAAUGGAUAAACGGCUUCUUGAAUUUUUCGAACGGAUGAGGUCGAAUGGAUAAACGGCUAAUUGAAAUUUUCGAACGGAUGAGGUCAAACGGAUAAACGGCUUCUUGAAUUUUUCGAACGGAUGAGGUCGAAUGGAUAAACAGCUAAUUGAAAUUUUCGAACGGAUGAGGUUGAAUGGAUAAACGGCUAACAAAAAUUAUUCGAACGGAUGAGGUCGACUGGAUAAACAGCAAAUCAGAAAUUUCGGAAUGGAUAAGGUCGAAAGGAUGAAUGGCAAAUCAAAAUUUCCGAAUGGAUAAGGUCGCAAGGAUGACAUAAUAACAAGUCAUGUAGUAACAGUCAACGCAAAGCCCACCAAAUCGCUCAAAUUCGCCAUUUAGAGCCACAGAAACGACAAUACACAACAAACGAGGUAGAUUUACGUUGAUUUUGAACUUUAACAUACACUUUACUCGAUAUAUAAGUUUACGAUAUUAAGAUUCUUCAAUAUUCCCAUACAUUUCUUUACAUUUCGAACAAACAAACGGACACACCGCUUCUGUGGGCACCCUGUGUUUACAUUAUCAUCAAUCAAACGACUUUCAUACCGAAUAAUUUAAUGGUUCACUUGUGAUGAGAAAUAAACCUUGAAACCUCAAGUUAACUAAUACUGCAUUGAAAAUCAGUCUUUUUAGAGUGAAGAAAAUUUCUUUACUGAGAAUAACAUCCCUGAUCAAGUGUCUGCCGCGCUCAUUUCCUUAAUUAAACAUAAUGUCACGCAAACAUUUCGACAAUGAUUUAAAGCAAUGAUUUUAAUACAUUUCGCUGCAAGAAUGCUUCUGCUGAGUAGGCGACGCUUCUCCUUGUCUUAUCUUUCCUCUUCAAUAUCUCAGUGUGAACGAAAUAAUGAAUAAACAAACGAGCGCGUGCCAAUUUGUCGGCUGCGUUGAUUUGCAUAAUUUUGACACGGAAAGAACAAGUCAUUACUUCAAUUCUACAAACCGUAUUGACACAAUCUGUGGAAAGAUCACUUGAAACGAGUCGAAACUUGACCAUUUAUAAUAUAAUACUUUUAUUAUUGAAUUCGACCUAUUAAGAUAAGGUACAACCGAGCAACUUGCACACAAAAAGCAUGCAAUUCAAUAGUGUCAAGUUCUAUUCAAGUGAAACAGCGGACGAAAGAAAACAUGUUGCUUUGGAAACAGCUCGAUAAUUUUAACUGUCAUAUCCAAUAAAAAUGUGUUGCCUUGCUUACUGCUAACAACUGUCACUUCGUAGCUAUUUCACACAAUCACAAAAUGGAGAAUUCAAUGAGGGAAGAUAUGGAUUGCGAUCACACGGAAAAUGUUUCAAGUAUCGUCCACAAAGUGCAAAAGUUUUAACAAGUUGGGUGCGGAUGUCAUCAAGGGUUGAAAGGUGGCCAGUGUUCGGAUUACUUCACAGUGGAAACUGUUAUUGGCAACCUAUACGACUGCCUGGAACUGUCUCAUGCGGAACUGGACUUAGUAAUCUUGGCAAACCUUCAAGCUUUCACGGCGGCUGAAGUAACCGGGGGGAAAAGAAAAAGAAUUCCAGCUUACAGCUUUCUCUAUCAGUCUCAUCUCAUUUGCAAAGAAAUGUUUCUGCACAUGUACGGCAUCAGUAAGUCUCGGUUUCAAAGGCUCUUGGAACUAUCAAAACCAUGGAAUUUCUGUGCGGGUACACCAGAACAGCAAGAGGCUUCCACAUAACACUCUGUGCCACAGGCCAUUGCAGAAGAUGUAAAAAACUUCCUAAGCAAUUACACUGAAGAGAAUGCUGUACUACUUCCUGGGAGAAUCCCUGGUUUUAAAAACGAGGACAUUGUGCUACUUUUGUCGAGUGAGACCAAAAUGCAUGUCUGGAACUGCUUUAAAAAUGCUUGUGCUUGCUUGUGCUUGUGAGUUACACGAAAUUUAUCGAGUUAUGGAAACAAUUCCGUCCAAACCUCGCCGUGGCGAAGUCGAUGACUGACUUGUGUUUCACCUGCCAACAGAACACUUCUAAGCUUCUUAGAGCAGCCAAUCUUCCAGAGUCAGAACAGUCAGAAUGUGUUCGCACCGAACAGUACCACUUAAAUUCAGUGCAGACUGAGAGAGAACUUUAGAACAAGGCGUGCGAUAAACGCAGUUUAAGAGCAUUAGAGGACAGCGUAGACAUUGAUGAGCGCCAUGACCCAUGCUCACUUGACACCACAAUGCACUACUCAUUCGACUUUGCCCAACAAGUUCAUUAUCCGAGUAAUCCGAUGCAACCGGGGCCAAUUAAUAUACUUUAAAACACCGCGUAAAUGUGCCAUCUUUGGCAUUAUGUGCGAGGCGAUCCCACAGCAGGUUAACUACUUGAUUGACGAGGCCAGCAGUUCUGCAAACCAGGAACAGAAGAACUGGUUGCACCAAACAGCAAUCACGACCGUUGGCAGUUCAAAACCACAACCCUUCCUCGCACAGGGAUGUUUGUUUGGUCGCCAUACGCUGAUUGGUGGAUUUGAAUCGACGCACUUACCUCAAAUGCCUUUGGUUGAGAUUUUUGCACCGGUCAUGUUGAGAAAGCUGGUCUUGCAACGUCAGGAUCGCUUUUCUCAUUAAAUUUUGGAAGGAUUGAGCUCUCAUUCGUAUGGGGCAUGGAUACAUAACUAUUGGAUCGGAGCCGGUAUUUUCGAGGUAAGAAAUUAAAUAGUUUGGCGUCAGUUCCAGAUUAAAUUUGACUGGGUCACGCGCCGGUGGCUGAUUGCUGCCUGCCUUGUCUCCUUCUUUUAGUUCUAACCGCCGAGGUCAAAUAUUCAUCUCGCAAAAUAGCGCUUAAAACAGCAAGGGACGGUGAAAAAACAUGACACAUGACUCAGUUAACAUUUUCUUCAAACUUUUAUGGAAAACUUUGAUUUAAAUUCUGCAUCUUAGAACAAAUUAUAGCCACAGUAUUGUUCAUAUGUAUUUCUUCUAUAAAUAUUAACAAAAGAUCAUUGCUCAGAUUUCAAUCAACAACAGCUCCCAAUAACAGAGGGUGGUCUGCCUGUGAUAACACGGUGCCUGGCGGAGCGAAAAGGUCAAGUAUGUGCUGAUAAAUGGGCGGCUCUCGUGCAGUUGCGAUGGGUUUUGGAAGCCAGCGAGCACUAUACGUGAAAUUAAGGAAUAUAUGGUUCAGCUGAUCGCAAUUUGGAGCGGAUCCGUCGAUUAUUCUGCAAUUUAUUGAGCUUCGCGUGGAGAUGGUCCGUUGGCCUUGUAACCAGCCUUCACUUCGUUUAUAGUGGAUGAUACCUCUGAUAGCAAAAAGUGGAGAAAUGCCAUUUAAACCAGCCAGGACAAACAGGGAGACAUUCAGCUAAAGGUAUGAAGGCUAUGUUUUACAAUAUUUUGAUUUUUAAACACCAUUUAGGCUUUUGAUAUAACACUGACUGAUAACAGCACCCAUGCGGCCAUGGCCGGAAUCGAACUAGCUGAGAAAUGCAGCAAAAUAGACCAGAUACUGACCAGGACAAAGAAAUAGACAAUGAUAUCAAGGCAAAACAAUAUAUAUUUUGAACUAUUACAUAAAUAUUUUGACUCAUUUGCGGUAAAUUUAGCUUUUCACUUCACAUACACUUACACACAAACAGUACGUCUGCGCCGCCUGUGAAAACACAAGCUAAAAGCGCAUGGUGAAACGAAGAGCCCAAAGCGAAUAGUGUCACAUUUAUCUUGUGAGCAAUGUUUAUCUUCAAAUUAGUCUCUCUCGCAAGGCAGAAGUGCGUGGCUUCUUAAGGGGCUACGAACACGUAAAUGAAUUUUCUCGAACGGAUAGCUCGAGCCGUUCGAUCAGCUGAUGAGUUUUGUCGAACGCAUAGCUCGAACUGUUCAAACGGAUGAUGAAUUUUUUAGAACGGUUAGCUCGAGGCGUUCGAACGGCAUGCCAGUCCGUUUGAAAGGCUGAUGAACAGCUGGUGAACGGCUAUCCGUGUAAAAACCACUAAGCGUCCGCAACGUUUUUGCCUGAGAGGUCACAUAUGUUCGGUCUCAGUCUUUUUCGUCCGAGUCAGCAGUCAAAAAUCUCCACAUUGGGCGAAGAAAGAUUCAAAUAUCCCCUCCCCUGGGAGAACAAGAUCAGUCAAAUCCCCACGCCAUGCACCCCCCCCCCCCCCCCCCCCCUCCCUUCCCCCUGCCCCCCCCCCCCCCCACCAGCUUUACAUUGAUAGGUGUACUACUUGACACGUACAUACAAGAGAGCGAAGGAUCUAGAUUCUUUGUCUUUUCUGUUUCAUUAGAAGAAAAAAAAUAAAAAUAUAUUAGUCUGAAUGUCGUUUGGUGCUGUUUACUAUCUUAUUCGGGAUCAAAUAAUUUGCACUUAGACUAAAUUAAGUGAAAUUAAGCAUUAACUAUAAAUUUAAUCUAAUUACGGUAAAUCGAAGAAAUUUGCCUUUGGAUGAUGCUGAGUACAGAGCUUUGUUUGGUAUACUUAAUGGAGACAAAAAAUUUAAGGAUUGGCCAAAGAAUCAGGAGAGUAGCUUAAGGCAGAGAGUGUACAAGAAAUGGAAAAGUGGUCAGUAUGAGAUGAAAGAAGUUCACGAUCCCAUGGCAAGGAACACAGCUCAACGCAUUGUGCAUACCAAUACAGGUUCCAUCGUGAUUAAAAAAUCAGAACUUUCGUGA